AUGGUUGCCGGCCUCAAAUCAGUGGUCUACGAAACGCGUCUCGCGAUGCUUGAUCUCUUUCUCUCGGAGUACCGUCGCCUCCGAGGGGACCUAAUUCUUACUUAUGCCCUGUUUGAACAAAGCUUGGCAAACAGGUUUCUCACCGUUGACCCAGUAAACACACGGCGGGGACAUAGUAAGAAGAUUUUCAAGCUCAGAGCACACUCAUUCAUUAGAGAAAGUUUCUUCUCAUUUCGUGCAGUGGGUGCGUGGAAUGAACUUCCUCCGACGGUUGUUCACGCUCCUUCUAGAACCCAACAUUUAUUUAUGCGAAUCCUCGCGCUGGCGAGCACGCUGUCCCGUGCUGAGAACAUAAAGAGCAGUGAUACACCCUUUUUUCACUCGCGCCUUUCAGGUGAACGACAGCUACUGACCGACAAGAACAAAGGUGACCCGGGAAACUCCGGCAAUAGCUUCGAUCCUGUGUAUCAAUCCACACCCGUGCAACUAUUAUUCAUCCAGUAUGGUUGGUCCCGGUCCACAUUCACACGGUCCACCAACUUAGCGAAAUUAUCCUUAUUCCUGCACCGGCCUGAUCUAUUUGGUCAAUCUCCCCGCCCAAUCAAGAUACAGCAGCCCCCCUUCGAUGGAGGCAUCCUUGACAGCCGUUACGUGGCUGUUCAUAAACCGAAUUAUGUCAGUGCCAUGAUGACAUGGCACUGCCAUACACAGUAUGGUGGCACUCCAGCGGCUAUUUUCUUCAGAACCUCGAUCGCACCCUCUCACUCACCCGAGGCUGUAAUUGCAACUACGAGCAAAUUUCUCAACCGACCCCGAAUGCCUCUGGGACGAGUUCAUUCUAGCCCACUGAAACUUUCGUUCGGAUUUAACCAAGCGCGGUCAGCAGAAGCGGGCAAUCCUGAGGCCACUGAUGGUGGACUAGCACCAUCUCGUCCACAGAACAAAAGGUUGCAGCAAACACAAGCUCAGGUUGACGAGGUCGUUGACAUCAUGCGCGUAAACAUGGAAAAAGUGUUGGAACGCGACGCCAAACUGAGCCAGCUGGAUGAUCGUGCAGAUGCAUUGCAAGCUGGUGCCUCACAGUUCGAAGCGAGCGCUGGGAAACUGAAAAACAAGUAUUGGUGGAAAAACAUGAAGAUGAAUAUCAUAAUUGGAGCCGUCGUUUUGGUCGUCGUGGUGGCUUUGGGCUGGUACAUUUUCGGUGGAAAGAAAUCUGAAGAGCGGGCACCAGCCAUAGCUCCCCAACAGGCUACUUUGCCUGCAGCAACAGUACCUGCCGCCGUCCCUCCAGCUACAGCGAAUCAUGCAAGAAAACGCCGAUGGACAGACGCUGUUCACCCGAAACUGUUGCAUUCCAUGGAAGACGCAUUUCCGCGACCAUUUCAGAUCAGCCCCGGCUUCUAUAAACCAUGUGCUACAGGCGCACUGGCUCCAGCUGUUCAGUUUCGAUCACCAGAAAGUGGGAGAGUAGGAUAUACAGCCAAGCCUUGGAGACGAUGGCAUAUACAGCUAGUUCGGGAAUCGAGUGAAUACGCAUUGAAGUUGAUAGCUUUGAUGCACAACAUACGGCUGGGCGAGAUAGUCCAAGUGGUUAGAGCGCGAAUUUACCGACCGGAAGGUCUGUGGUUCGAAUCCGACCUCCGCCACUCGUGGUCAUAUGCUGCCCACCUCUCGGUCGCUUCCACUCAGCACAGGGCUGAGAAAAACGAGCUUUGCGAAGCAGACGGUCUUCUGGCAUGCGGGGUACAUGUCCUAACCAGCGUAACCUAUGAAGCGUGA